AUGUCAGCCGAGCCUAUGACGCCGGAUGCCAUACAGGCCUUCCUAGCAUCUGAAGACAAUCUCUCCUUUGCAGAUGCAGUUGUGAAUUAUGGUCAAAGCUACUUCGACAAUCCGGACCAUGGACCAAGAGUACCCAGCUUAUCGGCCAUGGACAAGUUUGAAUGUCAACGAGUGGCAGACGAGGUGAGAGAUGCCAAUAGUCGGAUUGUCCGGCUUUCGUGGACUGCGUCGCAAUAUAUGGAAGCAAUGGCACAUGCGGGAGGAAGACGAGAUGGUCUGGGGCCGGACCAAGAUCAGAUUGAAUCUCGGAUGCGUCCAACGGUGACUACAAACUGCGGUGACAAUGUAUGGGACGUGCCGGACGCACUGGAGAGGCAUGCCCAAGGGCAUCCGAUCAGGGCCAUCCGGGCAUGCAAACUGGUGGAUGCGGAUGGCCAGACUUUGGCAUAUCAUUUGCCAAGGGCAAUCAGUUUACUCCGCCAUGAUCAAUACCGCAAAGAUACACUCCCACUCCUACACAAUGAGAUGAUUAAGCCAAUGCAAGCAUCCGACAAUAACUGGAGGAAAGGUCGACCUCAUUUCUGGGAUCCAGUCGAUGGCAGAGUGCAAGUUCUCCCACCUGGAUGCAUGGAUAUUUCAGUAGGAUGGUAUGGACGUGGGCAGGGUGUAAGUUCCUUUGCUGUUCACGCAUGUCCCAACCCAUAUUCUGCUUGUAGUCCGGUGCACAAGGUGACUAUUUGGGCACCCCUCCACACCCAAGUCUCAACUUCAGAACGCGUCCGGACAUUCAGUCCUUUGUCGGAAAGUCAAAGAUGUUUUUUGCACUGA